GUUUGACAGAGAGAAGACGGAACACGUUAAACCACAUGUGGGUUUCUAUUCAGAACGCAAUUCAGGAGAGGUCUGGGGAGAAGAGGUAUCGGGACCUGUUUACCCCAAUCAGGCUGCCGGCGGGAGGGCCCAAUUGCUGCGUCUGCAUCGUCGUCCCAUUGUUGUUGUCCCUCUUGGCGCUUCCUCUGCUCGUCUGGGCGCUGAUGGGUUCUACUAGCACGACGACGACGACCACAUCGGCGGUCACUCUGCCUCCAGUGUUCACGACACCUCCGCCCGACGUGGUCCCAACGACGACCACGUCCAAGACAACGACCAAGAGGACCUUUCCGCCCCCACCGCCGCCGCCACCGCCGCCGCCGCCGCCCCCGCCGCCACCGCCGCCACCCCCGCCGCCACCCACAACCACCAAGAAGAAGGUCGACUGCGGUGAGGGCGACCCCCUGUCGUGGGAUAUCCCGAAGAAGGUGACAUGCUGCCUGCAAGCCGGCAGGGGCUGCCCCACGACCCCGCCGCCGCCCCCGCCGCCGCCCCCGCCGCCCCCCCCGCCGCCGCCCCCGCCGCCACCACCCGCGCCCGUGGCGCCACCUCCGCCGCCCCCUGCGCCCACAGCGCCGCCUCCGCCCCCACCCCCACCGCAGCCAGUCUCGGAGCCGUACGAUUGCGCCGCGGGCUACUCCAAUUGGGAGGCGGGCUGGUCCGUGCCGAAAAAAGUGUGGUGUUGCGAGAACAAGAAGAUGGGUUGCACGACGACCUUGGUUCCGGAGCAGGUGCUCGUGCCUGGCCCAGCCGCCACGACGUCCGAGCCGUACGACUGCGCAGCCGGUUUCGCAAAUUGGAAGGCCGGGUGGUCGGACGACAAGAAAGCGUGGUGUUGCCCCAACAAGGGGGUGGGCUGUCCGGAGACGACGUCAAAGCCUUUCGACUGCCAGGCUGGGUAUUCCAAUUGGCGCGCUGGGUGGUCAAACGACAAGAAGGUGUGGUGCUGCCAGAACGAGCAGAUGGGAUGUGAGUAGGAAGCCGCAGCGCAGGCUCGCGUGCAUUCUCUGAGAUCCGACGUCGCAAAACAGUACAACAUCGUGGAGCUCACGACCAGAGCCCUCGACCCAGUCAUUCUGCGUCAAUUGUCGAGCCAGAUCGAUCUGCGCGGGUCCCG